CCAAAAAGCAACCGUCAGGUACAAGCUGCAACAACACUCAAUCGUCAACAACCUCGAUGGUAUCUUUCGACAACAAAAACCAACAACGACUCGCAUAGACCACAUUCAAGAUGUUCCGCUCAUUCAAACCCCGCGACACGGUGACGCUCUUCCACAAGGCCAGCAGCCCGACCUCGAUGAGGGUCUUGACGCUGCUCAAGCAGACAGCAGCCAGCGCCAGCGAGACGGCGACCGAGGAUCAGGCCGGCGACCACACCGCGCACAACGAGACGCAGCGCUCGCGCCCCGAGUUUGAGCUCAACGUGACCGAGGACCUGCCCACCGAGGGACAGCUGCAGACCAUCCUCGAGUACAUUGGCCAGCCCGCCAUCCCAGAGCUCGUCAAGGGCGCCAACUCCGUCACGGAGGCGCUCAAGAAGUACAAGUCUGACAAGGAGAGCUUCCAGAGGCCUGUGGUUGUGGACUGGAACAAUGGAAGGGCUGCGAUUGGAGGGAACGAGUCGCAGAUCCUGAAGAUGCUGAACGAGCUGAAGAAGGAUUAGGGGAAUGGCUAGCUGGUGUUAACAGUCUCCAUAGCUACGACUUGGUUGAAAAUACUUGUCUCAAACCACAUACAAGAUUCCGGCACGAUACAAAUGAAGCAGCAAAGUUUUGGGUUCCCUGACAAGGCCUGUAUAAGUUGUCCAGUCUCAAUGAUAAAGCGCUGAGGUGCGAAACUCCCCUGACUCCAUGUGACUUCUCUUUGCUUUUUCAAAUAAGUAUGGGCUGUUUAUUACUUAUUGCGAGCACUCAUUUGGUAUCUCCUUUGGUGGACACGCACUUUGUAGAAGAAGACAUAAACGUUUAUUUGUUUUCGC